AUGCCCAAGUCCAACUCGGAUGCUGACGAGAACGACUCGUUGACCAGCGACGAGGAAGGACCCACUCGUUCCAUGACGACCCCACACACUCAUGCCAAUGGUUCAACUCCUAGGUCACCGACAGAGACGCACACAACUAGACGAACAGGUCGUCGUAGGCCAACUUUGGCUCCUAGUGUACAACAGCCAUCGAGGAUAAACCCUAACGACAAGCCUAUAGACAAGUUCCGAACGGCAGUUCGUCUGGUCACAAAGAUGCAUAGAACUCAAGUCGCUCUCAAGGAUCUUGGCUUUGGAAUGGGAGGUCAAGACCACCAAGGCAGUUCGCUCCCGGAGAUGUAUGGACACUUAAAUUCGGCAUGUAAAGUUCAUGUUUGGGAUUAUGGCCCAACCAAAGUAAAUCCCCGAUUAUUCGAAAACAAAUACGAAUUAUCCACUGGCUCGAGUGGGUUGUCCUGGGAUGUAUUAGAAGCACUCCACCACCGUUAUGAUCUGCAUCCACUCUCGCUCGACACAGUCAUCAACGGGCGCCAAAACGCUCGUUCGAAAGCAGACUACUUCCCGCAACAUCUAUUCAUUCAUAUUCUGAGCCAUACGCUUACGCCAGAUAAUGCGGCCAAAAAAACAGCACCUGUGACUCAAGAAUCAGAUCCAAUGGACUCCCCCCGUCAGUCCAAGACGUAUGACCCAGAAAGCGCGAUUGGAUCUGUUUCUUACAGUCGCCCACCACCCACACGUGCUACGACCUUGGCCACAAUCGACGAACCUUACGAUGAUAAACCCGGUCUUGCUACUCGCGGCUUAGAAACCGAGGCCGAAGCUCUCGCAUCUCGCAAAAAAGAGAUGAAUAUGAAGGCGAUUGAUGCUCUCAAGCACGGUACGGGUCGAGUCGAGGUGGACGUGAGGAGUGUGUUUAUGUUUUUACUUCGGGAUGGAACUCUGAUCACGAUUCAGCGGGAAUCAGGGUGGGAAUUUGGGGUGCCCAUCUAUGAACGCUUGCGGUUGCGGGAUACGCUACUUAGGUCCUCGGGAGAUGCCUCUCUUUUACUCCAGAGCUUGAUUGAUUUGAUUGUCGAUGAAGCCGUCAAGAUUACGGACAAGUACCACCGCAGAAUUCUCAAAAUGGAACGUGACAUUUUACUCAAACCGAAGAUGAACACCGUACGCGAUUUGCACAUUGCAUCUGGCGACUUGACAUUGCACAAACGCACAAUGGGACCUAUUUCGCAGCUCGUGUAUGGUCUUCGGCGAUAUGAUUCAGAUCGGACAAAGGCUGUGACUGUGCAUAAUGAAGACAGUCCUCCACCCGGAUUCUUGUCGCAUCAAUCCAAGGUGUAUCUCGCGGAUGUACACGAUCACAUCGAAUACAUCAUCAGUUCGCUCGACAUGUUCUCGUCAAUCGCUGAGAACUUGAUCAACUAUACGUUCAAUCUUGUCAGCUAUGAGACCAAUCAGGUUAUGCGUGGCUUGACAGUCGCAACGGUCAUCUUCUUCCCGCUCACAUUCCUGACUGGGUAUUUCGGUAUGAAUUUUGAGACGAUGGAUUCGGUCAAGAAGAAUUCCGAAAUCAUGUUCUGGGAAAUUGCAUUCCCGGUCAUGUUCGUAGUCGUGUGCGCGUUCUUAUACCCAGACGUCCGGCGAUUCAUGCACUUCCUCAAGAAACGGGCCGCCACGAAACAGUUUGACGCGAAGAAAUUGCAACAGAGAUAA